GGAUUUCUUAGCGCCCCUGCUCGGGAUCCUACUGGUAACCAAAAUGCUUUUAGAUCGCUGAUCGAGUUCGGAUAGAAAUGUCGGUCUUCAGUCGCCUGCAUCGAAAAGUCUUUGUCCUUGACAGACUCCUCUAAAUCCCGCCCUGGUCAAAAAUGCGCUACUCGCUCAAGAAUCGGUGUGUCUUAGUCACGGGUGGUAGUCGAGGCCUAGGAGCUGUCAUCUGCGAAAAGUUUGCGGCAGAGGGUGCUCAUAUCAUGGUCAACUUCGUCUCCAACCGGGCCAAGGCCCAGGAGGUCGCCAACAAAGCAAGCUCGUAUGGAGCCAAGGCUUUCACAUGUCAAGGAGAUGUGGGAGUACCAAGAGACAACGCGCGCAUCGUCAGAGAAACAGUAGAGGCGUUGGGUGGUCUAGAUAUCAUCAUUGCCAAUGCUGGGUGGACCAAGUUUAGCGACUUCAAGGACCUCGAAGCCCUAUCCUUGGACCAGUGGAACAAGUGCUGGGCAAUAAACACAACAUCUCACCUGCAACUCGUGCAAGCAGCGAAACCCAUCUUUGAUAAGAAUCCGGACGGUGGAAUCUACCUCAUUACUUCUUCCAUAGCAGGUAUCACACAGAGCGGAAGCAGUAUGGCUUAUUCUGUUACGAAAGCCGCCGGCCUCCAUCUGAUGAAAUGCAUUGCCUCGAGCCAAGGGCCAAAAUUAAGGAUCAACGCAAUCCUUCCGGGUCAACUUUUGACAGAAUGGGGCUUGCAACUCAGUGAAGAGCAGCUCGCCGAAGAAAAAGACGAGGCUGUUUUGAAGCAUGAGACAUACCUUGACGAUUGUGCCGAUAUGUAUGUCGCCGUCGCGAAGAAUUCCUCACUCACAGGACAAGAGAUUGUUGUCGAUGCUGGCCUCACCAUUGCAUGGAGUUCUCGAUUUUGAUAUUGGACUUCUCUUGAUACAGGAGUACCUCAUGUGUUGUCGUAUGACAUGUACAUGUCAGGUGCCGGAAUGCAAGGGAUAUCUAAACGCCGGAUUUGGUCAAGACUAGUAAAUCUACAUUCCGUAGCCGCAGCUAUACUGAAGGGAGACCUGAUAUCAGCUACAAAUAGCUAGGGACAGCCGCCUGUUGGCAGAAAGAUCAGAGAU